ACUGUAAACAAAAAAAAAAAAAAACAGUUGAGAGGUCGUUAAAAAGUUAAAAAACUUUGUUUUUAUCCUUUAUAUUUUCGCGGGAAUCAACGGCUACGAAACGUUUCACCGUUCGAUACUUCCCAGAAUAUUGAAUCACAGAACCAAAAGACAAACCCACUUCGAUUCGAUUUUCAGCAGCUGCUCUCAGCUCUCUCACUGCAGUGAAGUUCUGGUUUGAAAUCCCAUCAUACAUAUGUGGCCUUUGGGAAUUUAAGGGGAAUUGGCUGUAGGGCAACCUCAAAUGGCUUUAUCAAAAGGGUUGGAAGCUCAAAAAGAAAUACCGGAUGCUGAAAUCAAGUCAUUUUUCGACUCAGCUCCUCCUUUGAAGAACAGUGAUGAUAUCAUUGGAAAGCUUGAGGGAUUUGUGAAGAAGAAUUCGACACCUUCUGGAAGUGGAGGAGCUAGGAGGGUUGUGUGUGUGACAUCAGGUGGCACCACCAUUCCUCUGGAGCAACGAUGUGUUCGCUACAUCGACAACUUCAGCUCAGGUCACAGGGGAGCAGCAUCCACAGAGUACUUUUUGAAGGCAGGUUAUGCUGUUAUUUUUCUAUAUCGAAGGGGUACUUGCCAGCCAUAUUGCAGAUCACUUCCCGCUGAUCCUUUGCUUGAAUGUUUUGAAUAUACGGAUGACUCAAAUAUUAACGUGUGCCAGUCACAUUCGGAAGCAGUGAGGAAUGCCAUCACUGAAAGUCAUGCUGCAGUAACAGGAGGCCUCUUGUUAAAACUUCCCUUCACAACCAUAUUUGAGUAUCUUCAGAUGUUGCAGAUGAUUGCUUUUUCAAUAAGAAGUCUCGGGCCACAUGCAAUUCUUUACCUUGCAGCUGCAGUGUCUGACUUUUAUGUUCCUUGGAAAAGCAUGGCAGAACACAAAAUUCAGUCAGGAUCUGGUCCAUUGGACAUGCGACUUGUUCAGGUGCCAAAGAUGCUAUUAGUGCUGAGGAAAGACUGGGCGCCAACGGCCUUCUGUAUAUCAUUUAAGCUAGAGACGGAUUCGAAGAUUCUUUUGGAGAAGGCUGAUAUGGCUCUUAAGAAGUACAAGGUGCAUAUGGUUGUAGCAAAUGAGCUUUCAACCCGCAAGGAAGAGGUUGUAGUUGUCAGACGCAAUGAAAAGAUAUCAGUUCGCCGAAACCAGUCUCUGGGUGUUGAUGAUGUGGAGAAACCGCUUAUUGACCUUAUCGUGGGAAGACAUUCGGCUUAUCUCGAGAAUCCUGAUUUAUGGUAAGUGUGCUUGAUUUCAUCCGACAGCGGACCAGUGCAACAAACAGUUCCUAUUCUGUUCAAGGUAGCUGUUUUAUGUCAGCGUAGAAUGUAGCUGUUUAUGUCAGCGUACUACGUUCGAGCAAAAGAUUGCAGAACAAAUUUGCUCUUCAAAGCAAUCAAAUUACUUGUACUCUUGAUGCA